AUGACUCUUCUCUGGGAAGAUCCCCUAAUCGCGAGCCAGGAUGAAUCCUCUGGCGACGAAUUCGACCCACUGGAGGAUAAUGUGGUUCAUUUCAUGGACCGUGCCCUCGCGACGAUUUUUGCGAGCCCAGAAGAACGAGGUCUCCAACGGCGAUUUAGGAAGCACUUGCACGGAAUGUGCGAUGAGGCAUGGGCUGCGCUUCUGCUCAUUCCCCUGGCCAAUCUACACACCAUCGAGUUCACGCACGAGUGUUCUUCCCAUCUCGUCUCACCGAUUCUUCUUAAGGCUGCGCAGCACCAGCCUCCUUUUCACAACCCAGGAAGGCUUCCAUUCCCCCAUCUCCACGAAGUUCGCGCGAACUGCGCCUGGGGCGAUUCUUAUAUCUACGAGUCCCUCCUAACGCCCUUCUUCUAUUUCCCCGCCGUUCGCCGGAUAAGUGGCAGCUUCAUCAGGGAGGAUGGAGGGAUUAUGAACUUGCCGCUUCCCAUUCACCGGACCGCAUGCAGCGUGAAAGAAAUUGCUAUUCAGAAGGUCUACUCUUCCGACACGAUCCUCCGCUGGCUUGAGGCGAGCUCCGAUCUCGAGCACGUUGCGUUCCAACUCUCCGUUCACCGUGACGAUGGGUGGACUGAUUUCGAUGCAUCGGAAUUCCGGAAAGCUCUUCUUCUCUCUCGACAGACGCUGAAGACCCUGCGUUUGGAAGUGGAUGAGUAUUUUGAUAAAGCAGUUACUAAUUACCAAGACGACAACGAGGAGCCGUUUGGCGCAUUCACGGAUUUUACUAUUCUCCAGGACCUGGUCAUUAGGCAUGCACACCUCACGGGGCAACCUUCCGCCACCGCAGUCCAGGAUAUACCGCAAUUUUUAGUGAAGAUGCUUCCUGUUUGCCUGAAACGCCUCACUGUGAAGGAUAUUAUGGUCGACGAUCUUUCGGAUCUGCUGGUCAUGCUUCUAGGGUUGGUGCAGCACAGGGAUCUCUUUUGUCAGCUCGAACAAAUCACAUUGUGUCCGGGUUGGCUGGAUGAUGAUCUGAUACGUCCCCUGAGAGUGGCAUCCGAAGCUGUGGGAAUUAGCCUGAGUGUUUUGGACGAUGAUGACUACUCCUAUGACUGAAGUCCUCGCAAGGAGAAGGACUCGGCGCUGUUUCAUGUCAUAAGUGCCACUGUUAAUUGUCAUGUUGUUUGCCUCUCCUUGUGUCUCUACUUCAAUUCAGGCUUAAGCAUCUGUGCACAGGAACGCUUUCAACUGCUCCCAUCCAUGUCCGAAAUUUAUCUUUGAUACUGAUAGCCGGGUUUCCCUUUGACAUGACACUUCAUGCUGAGUUGCAGAGUGCGAGAAAACGACCCCUCACGUCGCUAAACCCUCCCCAUAUCAGAAUACGCGGCAGAGCUCUCCCUCGUCCGACUCCUCCCAGGCCUCGCUACCGACACAACGACGACACCAGACAAGUCCAGCUGGAUCAUACCUGCUCCUGAUCGCUUGGAGCCGGGGGGGGGGGG